CAAUACUCCGGCGUAAGCAACCAUCAUGCGUCCGUAGGCUGCAACCUUGAAUUAUUGAUUACUCUUCCGCCACGUUCCUACAGGAGUCGCGUGCGGCUGGAACCUCGCCUGAUAUUUCCAAUCUGUCGCAAUUUUCAAUUUCUAAGGCCUUAUUCAUCCCCACUAAAUCGCGCUUUCUACUUCCAGCGCGCAAGAUUCCGCUCUACUAUUAAUAAUGUCCCCACUGCGCUGACAAAGGCCAGGUUUCCCCGGCGCUACGCCAGUCUAUUGGCUGGCGAUGGCGGCAUUCGCAAUAAUCGGUCAUCGAAUGCCGUAAUGCCGACAUCCGUCACACACUUCGGGGCCAAAAUAGCGGGGUGGAAAGGUGUUCCGAUGUUUGUUGACCGAGUUGGAGAGGUGUCCACUCGGAUAUAAAGUCACCGGCGUGCCCAAUUGUCUCGGUCUUCAUUUCUCAAGCAUUCAAUUAACUUCAAUUCCUUUCUCACACGUCAAUCUAGUCACAAUGGGCUCUACUCAGGUUGAAUUCAAGAACCCCGCCACCGCCACCAUCUUGGAGGCGGUUAAGGCCCGUCGCACUUACUAUGCGCUCAAGGGCGAGAGCCCCAUCUCCGAUGAGGCCAUCCAGAACAUCGUUGAGACCUCCGUCCUGCACGUGCCCAGCUCCUUCAACACCCAGACCUCGCGUGUCGUCCUCCUUCUGAAGGAAGAGCACAAGAAGGUCUGGGAUAUCACUCUUGCCGCUUUGGAGGGACUUGUUGCCGCCGGCGCUGUCCCCAAGGAGGCGUUUGAGAGCUCGACCAAGCCUAAGAUUGAGAGCUUCCGUGCUGCCUACGGGACUGUCCUCUUCUUCGUCGACUACGAGUCCCUGGCUCCCAUCAAGGAGAAGUUCGCCAUCUACGCCGACAAGUUCGACCCCUUCGCCCUGGAGUCGAACGCCAUGUCGCAGUAUCUCGUCUGGACCGCCCUCGAGUCCGAGGGUCUCGGCGCCAACCUCCAGCACUACAGCCCCCUAAUCGACGAGGGCAUCCAGAAGGAGUGGAACAUCCCCGCUUCGUGGAAGCUCGACGCCCAGCUCGUCUUCGGUACCCCUGCCGGCGAGCCCGGCGAGAAGGCUUUCGCGCCUCUCGAGGACCGCUUCAAGGUUUUCGGCAAAUAAGCAUGAUUUGAUGACGUCUCUUAUAUUAGCGUGAUCCACUUUAGAAUAUGUGAAUAGACCAAUGUGGAUGAUUUAUGAUCUAUG